AGUGAUAUUUGAGCACGGCAAGUCAAGUGUCUUUCAAUAGCUCCAAAUGGAGCUGAACAAUUCGGAUGCCUCCGAAGAUGGCGUCAGUAUAUCCGCCGAUUGGAGGGGUUCCGGUGACGAGGCUCCCGUCGAGUUCAGCGUUCUCCCAUCGGUAGAUUCUCCAUCCAACUUCCGGCGUGGAUCAUUCAAAUCAGGUUCCGCUCCUGUUCCGCAAUACCGUGCCAAGCUCCGACGGUAUGCGACUGACGAAUCUAGCUGGAGGAUCGAGGAAGAUUCGAGCCACUACAAUGGCGCAAAUGCUCCCAAAACAGCUCAAAAGAAAUCAAUAAAACAGCGAAUGAAGUUAUUAAAAAAAGCAUUGAAAGAACAGACAAAAAUAAGUGCGACUUUAGCAGAAAAACUUAAAAUGUCCUCAGAAACGAGGCAGCGUUCUCAAUGUGCAACGGUUUCCAAUACUGACGAUUUCCGCGAUGUCAUGAAUUCUACUUCUAAUGAAAUGCCAAAUACAAGACAUAAUAGUGUUUCGAAUGAAUCUUCAUUACUCAGUUGCAUGAAUAACUUUUCAAUCGCAUCCCUCAAUGUUCCGGAAUGUAAAUCCCCUGACGGAGAUGAAGAGAUUGACAGAAAAACGUUUGAGAAAUGGAAAGACAUGCUAGAAGCUUCUAUACAACUAGUUGGAGUUUCAGAUGCAUCAACCAAAAUUAGAAUUUUCAAAAUCAAGGCAGGUUUUAAGCUACUUGAUUGCCUUGAUGGUACAGUAUCUGCCCAUGAUUUUCCAAACCCAGUGACGCAUCCAUAUUCCAAUGCUAUGGCAAGAUUAACAAGUUUGUUCAGCUCACGUGACUACUGUCUAAUGCAACGUCAGAAGCUACGAUCAAUUACUCAAAACGCAGAUGAAACGGAUUUGAAAUUUGUCAAACGGGUGAUUGCGGCUGCUAAGCUAUGUAACUUCGGGGAAGAACAAUUACUGGAAAAUGUAGUAUUUAUAAUACAAUCGUCUGCGGUAAACAUUAAAGUUCGGGAAGCGAGCCGUAAGGUGCUCAGAAAAGGAGGCAACCUAACAUCACUUCUUGAUAAGAUACAAGCAUGUGAAAUGGAGAAGUUAAACGAAGAAAUGUACAGGAAAAACCACAGGAAAACAAACAACGCAGAAGUAGCGGCAGUAUCGUAUUCUCAUAAAACUGAAACCGGCUCUCAAGUGAAAGGAUAUGGAAGUAGCUAUCACAGUCGACCGUUUAUUCGGAAAUGGGAUUUGUCGCAACAAAAAGGGCAACAUUUCCGUCAAAGUGUUAAAUACGAAAACCGAAAUCCUUGCACAAGAUGUACAAGUACUCGUCAUUUGACUUCAGAAUGUCAUGCCAUUGACAAAAUUUGCAGAAAAUGCCAUCGCAAAGGUCAUUUGGAGCGUGCAUGUGGCAUUAUACCAGCAUCGACACACAACAUAAUGAAAAGGAAAAAUGAUGACCAACAGCAGGGGCCUCCACCCAAAGUUCGUCAAAUUGCAGCGGUCUCCCAAACAGACUUGCAUGUCGAUGAACCAGUUGAAGCAAAUCAUGCAAUCAAUAUUUCCAAAAAAGAUUGAAAUUGUGUCAUUGUUGGUUAUAUCGCCAAUUGUGCUAUAUCAUUUUUGAUCGAUUCGGGGGCAGAAGUUAAUACAAUUG